UUACGCGGUAUUGACUUUAACACCAGAGCGCAUGAAGCGCACCAGCCAGACGGAGCUCAUCCUCUCACACCCGGUGACAGACAAAGACAUGCAGUGGUGACCCACGCACGGCUGGGUUACACACUGUUAUUUGUUAAAAGGAGGAAAAGAACAGAACAACAAGAGAGAGAAAACGCGGUAGCGUUUUUAUUCACAAUGACAGCUAAAACUUUGGAGAAAGUGCCGGUGAAUCUCGGGGGGUUCGUGCAUCCCGCAGCCGAGAGCGUGUACUCAGUGGAUGACAUGGGCUCCAGCUUGCAAACCUCCGUGGCUAUCUUCCCUAACAGCGAUUUGGGGGGUCAUUACGACCAGAUUAAUGUGGCAGAUAGCUUGAUGAGUGCAGACAUGACCAUAGAUAAGCGCUCGCUGGACCUCUCCUCCUACUCCAGCGGUUUCUCUCAGCCCGCACCCCACCGCAACCAGACCUUCACCUACAUGGGAAAGUUCUCCAUCGACUCCCAGUAUCCAGGUAACUGGAACCCCGAGGGAGUGAUCAAUAUUGUCUCGGGCAUCUUCAACGUGGCCCAACCGCCACCUCCUCCUCCCUCCUCUUCAGCGUCCUCCUCCCCGGCUUCCUCGGGAUCUCCCAAUCACUUCUCCAGCGGAAAUUUGAGUUGCACUAUGGCGGCUCAGAACCAAGCAGAGAUAGAUAACCACCACCACCACCACCACCACCUAUACUCCCCUCCGCCUCCAUACUCUUCUUCUGGCUGCGGGGAGAUGUACCAGGACCCCUCUGCGUUUUUAUCCACCUCCACCUGCCCCCUCGCCCCUUACCCGCCGCCCUCCUACUCUUCGCCCAAGCAGCCCGGCAGCGUAGAUGCGUCGGGGCUAUUCCCCAUCAUCCCCGACUACUCAGGCUUCUUCCAGCCUGCCUGCCAGCGUGACAUGCACACGGCAGGUAUCCAAGAUCGGAAACCGUUCGGUCCUUGUCCGCUGGAUACAUUCCGUGUCCCUCCACCCCUGACCCCGCUGAAUACUAUCAGGAACUAUACCCUCGGGGGUCCGGGUGUUGGUGGCUCCGAGGGGGGGCCGCCGAGGUUAGCCUCUGCCUACAGUCCUCAGAACCUGCCCCUGAGGCCGAUCCUGCGUCCCAGAAAGUACCCGAACAGACCAAGCAAGACUCCGAUCCACGAGCGGCCAUACCCCUGUCCGGCCGAGGGCUGCGAUCGGCGGUUCUCCCGCUCCGACGAACUGACCAGACACAUCCGCAUCCACACUGGGCACAAGCCAUUCCAGUGCCGCAUCUGUAUGCGAAACUUCAGCCGCAGCGACCACCUCACCACGCACAUCCGCACGCACACGGGAGAAAAGCCGUUCGCGUGCGAGUUCUGCGGCCGCAAAUUUGCCAGGAGCGACGAGAGGAAGAGACACACUAAAAUCCACCUGAGGCAGAAGGAGAGGAAGUCCUCCACUGUGUCCUCAUCUUCCUCUUCUUCCAGCAGCUCUGGGGUGGAGCGGCCGCCAGGCGCCAUCAGCGCAACUAGCGGGAUUUGUUCAUAGUCCUCCCUGGAAAACGUUAUCACCAUGGCAUCGUGGCGCACACUAACCUCUUUAAAGAAAAUAACUAUUAAAUAAUUAUUCUAAAAUGGUUGUGAACUUAAGAUAGCAGCCUAAACAGCAGGAAGGGAAUGAACAAGAACUUCCGCGCAGUAGUGCGCAAUUACGCACAUCCACCCAAUCCUGCUCCAGAACUGACAAGAGAGACUGACACGAAUGCACUUUGCCUGUACAGUCUACUGAAAAUAAAAGUAAAUAUAGACAAUAAUUCAUAAGAAUAUACAAGGGCAGUCAUAACAGAAAGGGGACUUUUAAUAUCACCAACACACAGGCAACAUAUUGAGCGCGCAACAGGCUGAGCCUGUCAAUGUGAAAUAACUGCAAUAACGUUUAGAAGCAAGAAAACUGUUUUAAGUUAUUGAAUUGACAAAGUGUUCAUUCUAACAUGCUUAUUGAUGACUAUGUUUCCCCUUUAGUGCCUUGCUGUGUGUCUUUUUGUACACUGACUGAUUCAAGGACGCUUCUAAUGCAAUGUAUAUUUGUCCUUUAAUAUGUAAAGUUCGAAGACAUUCUAUUUUUGUACACAUUUCGUCUCGUCUAACUUCAAUUGUUAAGCAGUUGUGGUUCACGUGUAAAACAAUGUUGGAGUGUAAAUAUGUUGAACUCAUACCGACUUGAUAUUUUUGU